AUGGGCGACUACAAGCCCCCUUUCUCGCACCCGGCGACCAUCAAGGAAGCCAUCUCCGACCACUCCCUCAUCCACGAACAGGGCUUCAUCGGUGGCCAAUGGGUCAGCGGCACGAAGACGUUUCCCGUCUUCGACCCGGCGACCGACCAGGUGAUCGCCAACAUCGCCGACUUGGGCGCGGCAGACUUCAAGGCCGCCAUCGACCACGCUGAAGCCGCGUUCAAGGAAUUCCGACUCACCGGCGAACAUGCCCGCUCCAAGAUGCUGCACCGAUGGGCCGCCCUGAUCCGCCGCCACGCCGACGACCUCGCCGUGAUUUUGACCAUGGAGAACGGCAAGACCCUGCCCGAGGCCGCCGGGGAAGUCGAAUACGGCGCCUCCUUCAUCAGUUGGUUCGCCGAGGAGGCGAUCCGCUCUUACGGCGACGUGAUCCCUUCUCAGCACGCCCAGAGCACCAACUUAGUGGUCCGCCAGCCCAUCGGCGUCUGCGGCAUCAUCGCCCCCUGGAACUUCCCCAUCGCCAUGAUCACGCGCAAAUUGGGGCCUGCCAUCGCCGCGGGCUGCACGGUGGUUAUCAAGCCUCCGUCGGAAACCCCUCUGUGCACUCUGGCCUUGACAUAUCUCGCCCAACAAGCCGGCAUCCCGCCCAACGUGAUCCAGGUGGUGCCGACCCGAGACCGCUCUGCCACCGCGGAGCUGUACACCAACCCGAUUGUUAAGAAGGUGUCGUUCACGGGCUCGACUCCUGUGGGUAAGCUGAUCACGGCGGCCGCGGCGGGGACGAUGAAGAAGGUGUCGAUGGAGCUGGGUGGGAACGCGCCGUACAUCGUCUUUGACGACGCCGACCUGACCCAAGCCGUCGACGGCGUGCUGGUGUGCAAAUUCCGCUGCUCGGGGCAGACGUGCGUGUGCGCCAAUCGGAUCUACGUACAGCGGGGGAUCCACGACCGGUUUGUCGAGGCAUUACUGGAGCGCAUGCGCAGCUUCAAGAUAGGUUCUGGCCUCGACCCGUCGGUCACGCACGGGCCCCUGGUCAACCGGGCGGGAGUGGCCAAGGUGCGCGCCCACAUCGACGACGCGGUCAGCAAGGGUGCCAAACUGGUAGUAGGGGGCCGCGUUCCCGACGCGGGCGACAGUAACGGCAAGGGCUACUUCAUCGAACCCGCCCUGUUGACCGGGGUGACGCAGUCGAUGCUGGUGGCCAAGGACGAGACGUUCGGACCCCUUGCGCCGGUGAUCGCGUUCGACACGGUGGACGAGGUGAUCGCCAUGGCCAACGACACCGAGUUCGGGCUGGCGGGCUACUUCUUCGCCAACGACCUGCGCAAGGUGUGGAAGGUCGCGCUGGCCCUCGAGGUCGGCAUGGUGGGCGUGAACACGGGCAAGAUCAGCGCGGCCGAAGCGCCCUUUGGCGGCAUUAAAGAAAGUGGGUUGGGCAAGGAAGGUAGCAUGUAUGGUCUGGCCGAGUUUCAGGUCAUGAAGAAUAUCACGCUGGGGAAUUUGGGCGUGUAG